AGAAGCUUUAGCUUAGAGAGCAAGAAAGCUGCGUGUGUUUGUGCGCACAUUGCUCUUUCAAGGCUCACUGUCAAAGCUGGUCCCUAACUUUUCUUCCUAGAGAAGCAUAGUCUUUUGAUAGAGAGAGAGGAGGCGGAGAGAGUGAGAGAGAGGAGCUUUCUCUUACAUUGCUCUUUCACUACCAAAUCUUCAAAAAUGCAGGCAGGUAGUUCAUCCUCUUCACAUUCUGAUGCUGAAAAAAGAGACUUACAAGAGCUGCUCAAAGCUUUUGGCUCUGCAUUUUCUCUUGAAGACAUAGCCUCUGCUUAUUGCAAGGCUAGGUACAAUGUAGAUACGGCUGGUCAAAUACUUUGUGCAUCACUUGGAAGUACCUCUCAUGGUGCUACUUGCACAUCUAAAGAUAAAUUAGAGUGCACAAGAUCAACAACUUCAGAGCUUUCAUCUGAAUUAGAUGGUGCAAGUGCAAUGCCUUCAGAAAUGUCAUCUAACAGCAUUCUUCAGAACUCUCAUCAUGGAGGAAGACAUACCAGAUUAUUGAAGUCAAAAGUACGUCCUGUGUCAAUGGGUACUGUUUCAGGUGUCAUUGCAAAAGAUUAUGCUAGGCCCAGGCCUGUAACUAAUGAAUAUCCUGGAUCGACAAAACCACCAAGAUUAGAUUCAAAAGAAUUGCCUAUCUCUGAGAUAUGGAGGGAAGAAGUUCCAACAAGCAUGACAGGAGGAAAGGGCACUAUACAUGGUUAUGUUGACGAGUUUAUGUUUAAAAUGCUUGGUGAUGGCUUCCAACUAGAUAUGAGUGUUAUCCAAGAAGUUCUUGGCUGUUGUGGUUAUGAUGUACAAAAGAGCAUGGAGAAACUUCUCGACUUGUCAGCUUCAACUUUGGAGAAGCGUGAUGAUGUUGUGGACUUGGCCGACAGAAAAUCUUCAGAGAAACACCGAGAACAAGGUUCUGCCUGCAGUGAUGAAGCUAGAAUUAUGAAGAAAAGUUCAACAGAAUCGCCAAAAAGAGACAAAGACAGAUUUGUUAUUCAGAAAGAAAUUUUAGAAGCAUUGUUCACUGUUCCUGAAAGAUCCGAGGAAGCACCCAAAAGAGUGCAACCAGUGAGGAGAUUUAGAGGAUUUGGUGAAGUGGUGGUUGAACCUUUGAAAGACCCUGCUAUAGAGCAUGCGAUUGUUACUGCAAAACCACUAGAAGUUACAAAUGAUGCAUGUCCUCGUUUAAUGCAUUGCUCGAGGACAAACUGUACCGUGUUCUCAUCAAUAAUUGUUCCUCUGCAAAUAGAGGGAGGCGAUGAUAAUAGCUAUGAGGUCCUACGUAAAGCAGUGAAGGAAUAUUGGACUACAACGAAAGAAUACUACCAAGCUGCUGUUGAUGCAUGUAUUAAGGGCGAGUAUGCACGGGCAAACAAACUUCGAGAGCAGGGACACUUUUUUAACAGAAUGGCCAGAGAAGCAGACGAGAAAUCUGCUCAAAAGCUUCUUGAAACUAGCCAAGAGGAUGUGUUAUCUCUCGACUUGCAUGACCAAGAACCUAAGAAUGCUCUACGCCUACUGAGGCUUCAUUUAACUACUUUUUCAGGCAUCGCAGUUUUAAAGCACCUUAGGAUCAUAGUAGGGAACAGCAAUGAAGACACCAACGGGGCUCGGAAACGACUGAUUUUGAAGCUAUUGAGUAAGGAAUCCAUAAAAUGGACCGAGGAUGCAGAUGGUCGGACAAUUAUGAUCCUAGUGGAUGGGAUAAACCCAAAGCGUUUGAGUUUUUGGAAAAAAUGAACUAUAGGACCGGAAGAAGCUUCGAAAAGAGGUCCAAUCACGGCAAGACUUCUGGAAAUAUAGACUAUCAUAUCAUGGUUGAAAAAUGAUAAACCCACAUCAUUUUUCACAACACAUUAUUUUAAAAUGAAUGGUAGUUUAGUAAAAUACCA